ACCGCCGUGGGGCCCGCCCAGUGCGAAGGGCUUAAGUUUAGAUACACGGAUCGCUUUGUGCCGAAGCUAAAGCUAAAGCCUGUUGUAAUCUCAAAAACACGAAAACAGUAUCCACUUUCCCUCUUUCUCUCUCCGGUGAAGAAGGCGUUAAUCCAACACUUUCCAAUCCAUGGCUGAUCCUGAACUCGAAGCUAUUAGAAGAAGAAGGAUGCAAGAGCUAAUGGCUCAACAUGGCGUGGGGAAUCAACAGAACCCUGAUCAACAGAAAGCUCAGGAAGAUGCCAAGAGGGAGGCAGAUGAACGGAGGCAAAUGAUGCUCAGUCAGAUUUUGUCCUCUGAAGCUCGUGAGAGACUUGCUCGAAUUGCCUUAGUGAAACCUGAGAAGGCAAGGGGUGUUGAGGAUGUUCUACUAAGAGGUGCUCAGAUGGGUCAGAUAGUUGACAAGGUUUCUGAAGAGAGGCUUAUAUCACUGCUGGAACAGAUAAACACCCAAACAACUAAACAGACCAAAGUCACGAUCCAGAGGCGUCGGAGUGUUCUUGAUGAUGACGAUUAGUGUGAAACCUCAGCCUCUUUUGUGGGUUGUAUGUAAGAUUCAUGGAGUUCAUGGACCCACUUUUAGUGGGUUUUUCAUAUUUUCAGACUGCGUUUCCUUUGCAAUGCUGUGAUAGGCUGUGUUGAGCAAUAAACCUGGCCGUUGGAUUACAGUUUAUUGAGUCAUGUCAAAAUGCUUAUAUAAGUCAAAAUAUAAUGGAGGCAGAGGUUUGGCAA